AUGUGGCCAACGGCCACUGCCCUCGUUGGCGUCCGCUCGUCUGUUUCAGCGGCCGAGCUCAGAGUAGCCUUGGGCUCAACACGCUCAAUAUCGACUCGUGCAGUCGCCAUAUCUGCACAAAGGAUCCCAUGUCAACCUGUCCUCUUUCCCAAACCAUCCAUCUCGGCAACUGCUCUGUCUAGACGCUCUUUUACGACUUCAUCCGUCUCCUUCAACAAGGCCGAGCCAGUCAAAGCAGUGGCGCCAGGAUCUCAAGCUCAACCAACACAAAAUGACAAAUCCGACCCCGAAAAGACAUCAGCGGCUCAACAAGCUGCGUCGGGCUCGUUAGCUGCAACGCUCUCUUCACGCAUCCGGGCACUCCUUCAAGCACAGCUGGCCAAGUCAGCGCCCAAGUCCAAGCAUCGUGCCUCGCCCGCUCCGACCAAUUUCCCAGACCUCAGGCGUUUGUUCUCCCUUGCGGUGCCUCAGAAGAAGAACAUCCUGAUCGCUCUUGGUCUGCUUCUCAUCUCGUCAUCAAUCACUCUCACAGUUCCUUUCGCUAUCGGACGUCUGAUCGACUUCUUCACUUCCGGUCAGAAGGCACUCUACGGUCUUGGCUUCGGCACGGUCGCCGCCCUAAUGCUUUUCACUUUCGCUCUUGGCGCCGGAGCGAAAGCGGGGAGCAACAUUCUCCUCGAAUUGUCCGGUGUUCGUGUCAUCCAGGGGAUCCGCAACCAGGCUUACCGAUCGGCUCUUCGACAGGACGUCGAACUUGCUGACAAGGGUGCAGGUGAUGUUGUCAGUCGACUCAGCGUCGAUACCAACAUUGUCGGGGAGUCGCUCACUUCAGACAUUGGCGAUGGUCUCCGUGCUGGUGCAACCGUGUUCUUUGCUGGUACUGCCAUGUUCAUGAUCUCGUCCAAAUUGACGCUUCUCAUGAUGGCUGUCGUACCGCCUGCUGCCAUCGGUGCUGUCUUCUACGGUCGAUAUUUGCGGGAUUUGACGCACAAGACACAGGAGGCAAUCGGCAAGAUGACACGUCUUGCAGAGGAACGCCUCUCGCCUCCUGCUUUCAGAACGUUGACCGCCUUCAACACUCAGCGUCAAGAGGCGCGCCGUUUCGAAGAAAAUAUCAGGGCGAUUGUUGAUCUGCAGACCAAGGAGGCCUACGCAUCUGGCUUCUUCUACGCCGGUACCGGCUUCGUCGGCAACUGUGCUAUCCUGACACUCUUGACAUACGGUGGACACCUGGUUAGCCGAGGUGAGAUCUCGGUCGGUGAUCUAACUUCGCUGCUUAUGUACACCGCAUAUUUGGGCGGAGGCAUGGUCAGUUUGACCUCGUUCUUCGCUUCGCUCAUGAAGGGUCUCGGUGCAGGCGCUCGAGUCUUUGAACUCAUUGACCGCGAAUCCAACGUUGCGCUUGGCAAGGGAGAGACACUUGAGAUUUCUGGCACCUCUGCUCGCCUUUCGGUGCGUUUCGAAAAGGUUCACUUCACCUACCCAUCGCGACCUCAGCAGCCUAUCCUGCGUGGUGUUUCGUUCGACAUCGAGCCCGGACAGUCGUACGCCCUGGUUGGUGGUUCUGGCGCAGGCAAGUCCUCUAUUCACUCUCUCUUGCUCCGAUUCUACGACCCAACAAAAGGUAAAAUUCUACUCGCUGGCCAAGACCUCGCAUCCUACCGCCCUGAAAGUGUCCGGAAACACUUGGCCUUUGUACCGCAAGAACCCAUCCUCUUCGAUGGCUCGCUCGAAGAAAACAUCAAAUACGGCACCGAGUCAGCUACCCGCGAACAAGUCGAAGAAGCAGCUCGUAUGGCAGGUUGCGAAUCCUUCAUCUCAGAAAUGCCCAAAGGCCUCAACACAAUCAUUGGCUCUCGUCAACUUUCAGGUGGUCAGAGACAACGUAUCGCCAUCGCACGAGCAUUGGUUCGUAAACCUUCAAUCCUUCUUCUUGACGAAGCAACAUCUGCACUCGACUCAGCAUCGGAAUUGUUGGUCAACAAGGCAAUCGAAGAGAUUAUCAAACAAGGAAAAAUAACCGUUUGGAUAGUCGCUCAUCGACUCUCGACUAUCAAGAGUGCAAAUAAUAUUCAUGUCUUGCAGGGCGGGAGAAUCGUCGAACACGGUACUUUUGCUCAGUUGGAUACGCCAGGUUCGAGGUUUAGAUCUCUAAUGGCUGCUCAGUUGCAUGCUCGGCCUAAGUUGGUACAGGCAGGAGUGGAGGAUUGUCGACAGGAGAGGGAGGGGAACUCAUUAUGUAUGACGCCACACCCAUCACCACCGGCACCAACACACCCAGCAAUCCCAGCAACACCAACAUGGAGUCUAUCCUCCCUCCUUCCCCCCCCACUCUCCCAACUCAACCCAGAAUUCGAACCAGAAUUCGACCAAGAUCAGCUCGACAAACUGCACAGACUCUCAGCGCUAACUGCACCACCGUUGGAAUCCCAAGAACGAGCGUUGCUCAAAUCCAACCUCGCCGCCAUGUUGAGAUUAGUCAAUGGAGUUUUUAGCGAUCAAGGCGCUUUGGCAACUGUGCGAGGUCCAGUUGACGCGAGACCGUUAACGAGGUAUGAUGGAAUGUGGAAUUUCUCUUUGCCUAACGAGCGCUCGGAGAAUCCGCACAAAGCAUGCGAGAAUGAUGCAAAGAAGAAAGAGGAGAAAAAGAAAGAGGAGAAGGAGGAGAAGGAGGAGAAGGAGGAGGGAGUUUUGCCUCGGCAAGCAUUGCUGGCCAGGGUGGAUGCCGCGAGGAAGUACGAGCGGUUUUUCGUUGUUGAUCAUCGCACUUAG